AUGUCCGACCUCCUCGAAGUCCUUCCUAAUUUCGACCCGAAGUCUCACAGGCACCUUUUGCACUCGCUCGAAAAGAACGAUAUAACUGUGGCUGACUUGAUCAGUCUUGACCCGAUUGACAUUGCUCGAAAAUGCCCUCUGCCUACGACUGACGUACAACUUUUAGUAUCAGAUGUGGUCAAGGCUCUCCAGGAAGAUGUUCAUGAAGCAGUGAACGAACGGUGGGAGAUUGGGCCACCUGAGCAACGGAAGGAGACGAGCGCCGGGCAAGAGGAAGUGGGCGGUGACAUCCACAGCAAUGAAGUAAGAGUUAAGACACUGGAUAUUGACAUCGAUGGUGCAUUAGGCGGGGGUCUUGUACCAGGGCACAUCAUAGAAGUCGUUGGCGAGAGUGCGGUUGGCAAGACUCAAUUUGUCCUCGGACUCCUGCUUUCCGCCCAACUUCCCCCACCGCGAGGGCUUGGGAAGGGUUCAAUCUAUGUUUCUACAGAGGCACCACUCAAUACUGCUCGUCUGAGCCAGAUCCUGACUUCUCACCCUGAAUACGAGAGUCUCCAACCAGGUGACCGCCCAUCUCUCGAUUAUGUGCAUGCCAUUGCAACCAACGAUUUGGAAGCACAAGAGCAUAUAUUGCGAUAUCAGCUGCCGGUUGCAGUCCGUCGGUUCAAUAUAGGAUUGAUUGUCCUGGACUCGGUAGCUGCAAAUUUCCGGGCCGAACACGAGAGUCGCACUGCAGCUGGCCUUGCAGAAAGAGCCAUCGAGCUGAGCAAGCUGGGCAAUACUCUCCGCCGCGUCGCCAUCGAGAACAAUGCUGUUGUGGUGGUCACAAAUCAGGUUGCGGAUCGGUUCGACGACAUCAGACCCUCUCUUCAGUCUUCGUCACCCGCAAGCUCUUCACCAUCGGUGUCUACACCCAAUCUGUCUUCUUCGGUAGUGGAUUUCCGGCGAGAAAUUCAAAGCCUUGAUCACCAACAGCGGUUUUUUACAGGUUGGGGCGAUGAGCCCGGGGAGAAACGUAGUCAGUUGAAGAAUCCCGCUCUUGGCCUAGCAUGGACCAACCAAAUUUCUGCUCGCAUUGUCCUUAAGAUGGAAAGUGAGAGACAGGAAUACAUGGGAGGAAAUAUUUGGAGGGAUCGGAAGAAGAGCCGUACACUGCGCGUUGUCUUCGCCCCGUGGGCCAGUCCGACGAAUGUUCCCAUUCCCUAUACGAUUGGCAUGCAAGGUAUUUCCUCGAUCAGCGAGGAUGAGUUGGAAAGAGAAGCACAUCUUCAGGCUAUUGGAGAGAAUGGGGAAUUGUUGAAGGAGGAAUUAUGGGUUACGGAUGAUGAUGAGGAGUUUCCAUGA